AUGUCCUUUGCAAAUCGCGGCGGCCCCCGGCCCGGCCCGGCCCCGCACUCGGUGCCGCGGUUGCCGGGUAACCGCGCCCGGGCCCUCAGCGUCUGUGACGGCGCAGCGGCCUCAGCGCCCGGAGCCCGGCCCUGGCUCAUUCGCACGGCGAUCCGCCAAAAGCGAGCUCCCCCAAAAAGGGAGUUGUUUGGGGUUUCCCCAACAGAGAUAGUAUUUCAGAACUUCAUCGCUCCUGAGGUCUCUGAAAUGGUGCUGACGAUCAUGAAUAAGGACAGGAUUACUCGUAUGGUGAAGAUCUCCAUGGAGAGCUCCCCUUAUUUUGAGCUGGCGUGCCCCAGUGAUGUGUACCACAUCGUGCCAGCAGGAGCCUCUUCCCAUGUGCGCAUCCGCUUCAGCCCCGACGAGAACAAGGAUUAUUCCCAUGAGCUGGUCUGUACCACUGCAAAGGACAAGGUAGUUGUACCAAUUCGGGCCAUUUGUGCCCGACCUGUCCUGGUCCUCCCUGACAAGCUGGACUUCUCGGUGUGUCCGGUCAAGUACAGCGUCCAGAAGACUCUGCUGGUUUGCAAUGUCGGUCACCGGGAAGCUCAUUACCAGCUGAGCACCGAGAGUCCUUUCUCUGUGGUGCCAGCCACAGGAACUCUGGGCGCUGGUGACGCUGUGGAGGUGACAGUGGGAUUUCACGCGCUGACCACCGGUGACCAUUGCGGGUCCCUGUGCUGCAGCACAGGUGAAGAAAGUGUCCACACAAAGCUCCAUGGAGAAGCUGUAGAUCUCAAUGUUGGGCUGAGCACAAAUUCCAUGGAGUAUAAGACUUUCAUCACCAUGUCAAACCAGAAAACCAUGUUCAUCGAAAACAGGAGUAACAUCACAGCCCACUUCCAGUGGAAGGCUUUUCCUACUGAGGAAGAUGACAAUAUAGAGAAGAGGAGGCAGUGUGAUUUGCUGCAGCCAUCGAGUGAGGUGUGGAUCGAAAGCUUAAUGGAGGAGAAAGAAAUAAAGGAGGAGAAGGGCUUUUGUGAAGAUCACGUUGCCCUCCUGAGCAGCAUGGUCGAGGAGAAGAUUGCAAAGGUGCAAAGAGACCCCCUGCUGUUCUCCAGUGACAUUUUUUUCAUUGAGCCAAUGGAGGGAGAAAUCGAGCCAAAUAGUUCCGCCGAAAUCAAGGUGACCUUCAAGCCCCUGGAAGCACAGGAGUAUGAAAGUGUGGCUUACUGCAAUGUCUCAGGCCAUGAGAACAGGCUGCCCCUGUGCCUCAGAGGGGAAGGACAAGGACCCUUGGUUGAACUCAGCCCUCCUGCACUGUACCUUGGGAAUAUUUUUAUUGACACCUCCUAUGUCUAUGAGGUGAAACUGAUUAACCAAGGAGCUCUUGAUGCUCCCUUCACCUAUAUCCCUUCAACCACAAACGUGGAUUUCUGCUUCAAGCUUGAGCCCGAGGAGGGCAUCAUUGCACCAGGUGGGACCCAGACUGUUCAGAUCUCCUUCCAUACCACCGUGUUGGAGUGGUUUGAGGAAGAAUUCCAGUUCAGUGUGGCUGGAUCUCCUACACCUGUGAUCCUGACCAUCACGGGCUGCGUCACUGGACCGAAUUUGCACUUCGACCUCCAUGAGCUCCACUUCGGGGUCAUCGCCUUUGGCUUUCCCACCACCAAGAGUGUUCGCCUCACUAACAGCUCCGUGGCGCCCGUGACGUUCAAGCUCCGCAUGUCACACGAUGGCACGCAGCCAUCUGUCAGCAGCUUUGAUCUAAUACGCAGACAUAGUGACCCAGCCUGGAGGAGGGGAAUUCAUUUUUAUGUGGAGCCAAAGGAGUUUACAUUGAAUCCCAGCCAAGGGACCAUCCCCUCCCAGGGAUACCAGGAUAUUGAGGUGACCCUGUGCUCUAACAGCAUGAUGAGGUUCAAAAGGAGAAUGCUGGUGGACCUGGAGGGUAUUGGCGAGGGAGUGGCAGCACUGGUCAUCAAAGCCAGAUGUCUCGUUCCUAAGCUGCGUGUGUGCCCCCAAGUCCUGCCAUACAGUAAGUGCCUCCUGAAGGCGCCGUACGAGAGGAAGCUCUUCGUUGUAAAUUCCAGCGACCUUCCUGGCUGCUACGGGCUUAUUCACCAGAAACGCAAGGAGGGCUGUCCUGUGUUCUACUCCAGCCCCAAGCCCUGUGGGAUUGUCCAGCCUCACAGCACAGCAGAGAUCCCAGUUAUAAUUGAAGUGCAGACGUUGGGCGAGCAUCGUACCAGGGUUCUCGUCGGUGUGUUUGGGGAUGAGAUAAACCCACGGAGAAUAGAAUUACGGAGCUCUGGAUUGCUGGCAAAAAUCUACCCAAGUCCAAAGCAGAUAGAGUUCGGCAGGAUCCGAGCUCUGCAGCCGACUUCAAAAAGCUUUACCCUUUUCAGUGACUGUCUGAUCCCUAUAGACUUCAGGAUGGAGAUGGCUUCCAAAUCCCACUGCUUUGUUAUUGAACCCAGUGAAGGAGUGAUCCCUCCUAAGAGUGAGGUUUCUGUGACUGUCACAGCAACCCUGGAUGACACUGUGCUUUUUGAUGAUGCUCUCGAGCUGUUCAUUAGGAACAGCCUUUGGAACACCGUCUUUCUCCAGGCUUUGGGCUUUGGCACCACAAUUGUCAUAGACAGACCACUUGCCCCAGAGCUCAACUUGGGAUACCAAUUCAGCCUCGUUCCCUGUUUUCGUCGGUUCAAAGUAACAAACAAGGGCCGCCGUUACCAUCAGCUCUUCUGGAGUGUGGAAUGCUACAGCCCACCUGAGGAGGAGGGCCAGAGUGUCUCAGACCUCAGCAGCUCCCAGGAUGAUUCCCAGAGCCCUGAACGUGCCAGCCCCGUGUUUGGGCUGGAGCCAGUGUCUAUGGGCCUGAAGCCAGGCCAGUCUGAGGACUUGGUGCUGCGAGGCUUCUCCCGCAUCCCACAGGAGGUGCAGGAUUAUGUGUUUUGUGAAGCUGUCAUUGGGACAACCCUCGAGAGGGAGAAGAUAAUAGAAACAGUCAUUACCUGUGAGUUUAUUCACCCCUCUAUAGAAGUAUCACACAGACAAUUCUCUUUCCGGGUGGACAAGAAACCCAGUGAUGUCCUGACACUGCAGUACCAGCCUUUGGCUGUAAAAAACACCUGCCUGCUGCCACUGGACCUUAUGCUGGAUUUGGAGCAGCAGCCAUUCCUGGUCUGUGAUGGGAACAAAGAGCCCCUCCCAGAUGGCCAGCCUGUGAGAGUGGAUGUAUGGGAGACCUGUCAUCUCUACAUCGCAUUUGACCCAGCUUAUGAACUGGAUUUUAAGAGCUGGAAAAAAGAGAAGGUUCUGAAGAUAGAGAUGGUCAGGGGCCAUCCUUUUGUGGAGUACAUAACCCUUCAGGGAGAAGUCAACUUCCCAAAUCUCCAAAUCCAGCCCAGCACCCUAAAGUUUGGCUGCAUCGAGGCUGGCACUGAAGAAGUGCGUUUUCUGGAGAUGACCAACUGCAGCCUGCUUCCCGUGGAGUACCACUGGACAUUCCAUUCUGACAGCCAGGUGACCAUGUUGAGAGAUGAGCUUUACCCACCUAAAUUCAAACCCCAACCACCAAAGGGGAAGAUAACCUAUAUGGAUCGCAUGGCAACUCGAUUGAGACACUUCAAGAUGAGAAAGGAGGAGGCAGACAAAACCCUGAGAAAAGUGCCACCACAAAUUCCUGAAACCCCUCGCCUCCAAGUGGGGUUUGAGGGAAUCCAGUGCUCCAUGGACGUCCCACACACUCGCCUCGAAGUGGAGGAGGCUUUCAGUAUCGUGCCACUGUCAGGUGUGCUGCAGCCAGGAGAGAUCCAGCAGGUCUCCUUCACCUUCUCUGGCCACAUCAACACCAUCUCUGAUGUCAUGGCACUGUGCCACGUGGAGGGAGGCCCCACCUAUGAGGUGGUGGUGACCGGGGAGAUCUCCCGUGUCAGCUACUCCCUGAGCCCCCGGGAGAUCAACUGUGGCUUACAGAUGUUUAAUGAAGUUUGUCACAGCAAGGUCACCCUGGCAAACUGUGGAAAGAUUGAAUUCAGCUGGGUGCUAAACCCUAGCCCUGAAGACAAGCAUCUGCCUGGUGUGUUUCUGGUCAACCCCACCACUGGCUCCAUUGCACCUGGCAAGAAGCGAGUGCUGAAAUUCUCUUACAUGCCAGGAUUACCAGGAGCCUUCAGCAGGACUUAUCAGCUUAAAGUGGAUGACCUGGACCCAGAAAAUAUCUGCCUGAAAGGAGAAGCAUCUUUUCCCAUGAUCAGUAUGAACCUGCCCUGGAACAUCAAAGGAAAUGAAAAAUAUGAGAAGACACUGAAACGGCUCAUAAAACACCGGCAAAUACACAGUCCUGGCUAUAAAUUAGUUGUUCAGACAAACACUGAGAGCCCAAAGACCAAGAUCUUGAAAUCUCAGACCCCAACAACUCAGACUGCGAAGAUUCAGAAUCCAGAGACUCAGGACCUGAAGCCCCACAUCCCUCAUUCUGGCAUUGUAUCAGACACUCAGCUGCAGAUAAAGAUGAUGAGGAUGCUGAUAGAGAAGCCUUUUCUAGAGCUGAAGCAAGUUCUUCCAUCCCAUCCCCUGAAGAGCAGGUUCCCUGACAAGGAGCUGUGCCAGAGUCUUGUCAAAGUUGAGCUGCUCGAGUAUGUCCUGGACAUGGGCCCUGUCGUUAAGGGUUACACUGAGACACACACUCUGGAGAUCACCAACCCUGGGCAGAUCCAUGUGUCCUUCCAGGUCAAUGUAUCUGUCCUGCAGAACACAGGUUUCAGCGUGGACCUGGACCAGAUGAAUGGCCUGCCCCCCAGCCACACCUUGACCUUUGACGUGCGCUUUGAGAGUGCCCACAAGCCAAAGGGUGACGUGGAAGUGGUGCUGCCCAUAGAGGUGACAGAAGGCCCUGUGUACAGCAUCCGCCUCCGUGCCACUGUGUUGGAACUGUCACUUGACCUCUCCAAGAACACACUGGAGUUCUCUGACAUCCUCAUUGGGGAGUGCCAGGUUGAGACCAUCCGACUCUACAACCGGUUCCGAGUACCCUGCAAAUGGUUCAUUACUUCCAACAAGCCUGUUCUGAAGAAAAAUCAGCACCAGCCCUUUGAAGUGACGCCAUCCAAAGGAACCCUUGAUCCAGGAAAGUGGCAGAACUUGCAAAUCCAGUUUACACCCAAGGAGGAGAGGUUUUACGAGCAUGAGCUGGAGCUUAACAUUCAUGGGAGAAGCAACCACUUAAAGCUGCAGCUCUCAGGACAAGGUCUGGAGCCACGGUUGGAGUUCAGGCCCCCAGCACUAAAGAUGGGAUGGAUGCUGGUGGACAGCGAUGUGGUAGAGGCCACAGUGGUGGUGAAGAACCCAUGCAACUUCCCCAUUGAAUUUUAUUCCCUGGAUUUUGAUGAGCAGUACCUUGAAGAGGAGAAGAUCCUGCGGAUGGCAGUGGGGUCUGAGGACCAAAAGAGCUUUUUUAUGCCUCCACGUGCCGUGGGUGAGACACUGCCCCCAGAGGUGAUGGAAGACCAUGAAGCACAGAGGAGGCCAGAGGCUCAAAAGGCAGAGCUCAAGGCCAGGGCUGAGGCUGAGGCCAAGGCAGCAGCAGCAUAUCACAGGACUGUCCCAUUCUGUCCUGAGUCCAUGGUGAAAUUGAGUAGGAAUCCUGUCUCUCGGGCUGUCAUGCGCCACCUGGGCAUUGCCCCGUCUUCAGGGAGGCGUGAAGCGCAGCAGCACCGAGGGAUUGUUGUCAUCAUCCAUGGGCCACCCCGGGCAGGAAAGACAGAGGUAGCAGCAGGCCUGUGUCAGUAUUACGACGCUGCUUACGUGUCCAUCGACACCGUGGUGAAAGAGGCCAUGGCCAGCGACCGGAGCCCAGCGGGGCUCUGUGCCCGGGAGCUCUGCACCCAGGCUGCCGUGGAGCUGGAAGGCAAAGAGGAAGGUGAUGCUGGUAAAAAGUCUCAGACCAAGAAUAAACCACCCUCUGGGGAAAAAAUCGACAAGAAUGUCAAAGACAAGACUCCUCCAGCACAAAAGAAGAAGGAGACAGACAGCAAACUCGACAAAAAGGACACCAAGUUCACAGUUUCCACUGCUCCUGCGCCCCAGCAGCUGAACAUCAUCAGCAGUCGUGGGGAAAAGCUGAACUGCUUGAGCUGUGUGCUGCCCGAGGAGCUGCUGGUGGACAUCCUCAGUGAGAGGCUGAAGCGUAAAGACUGCUCCAAGGGAGUGAUCUUUGAUGGCUUGGAGAGCCUCUUUGCAAGCAGCCUGGAAUCUUCUCUGCUCUGUGUACUCAGAGCUAUCAAGAACCGUCGUCAUAUCUUCAUGGUGAACCUGCAUCAGGAUUAUGCUUCUUGGAAAGCCAGGGAUGAAGCUGAAAGAAAGAGGAAGGAAGCUGAAAGCGAGAAGGAAGCUCUGCAGAGGAAAGCAGAACGUCUCUGGAAAAUAGAUGAGGAUGAGUAUUAUGCCCUCCCUAAGGAGAAGAAAGCAGAAGUGGAUAAAAUAAUCCUGGAAAGGAAGCACAUACAGAGGAAGAAGGAGCUGAAGCGGCUGGCUCAAAAGCUUGAGGAGGAGGCAAAAGCCUUAGAGGAGGAAGAGAGGAGGAAGGAGGAAGAGAGGCAGAAGGAGGAAGAGAAGAGGAAGAAGGAAAAGAAGGGUGCCUCUGUGGGGAAGCAACCUACAAAACCAGAGAAGGGGAAAACCAAAACCCCAGAGAAGGGGGAAACCAAACCCCCAGAGAAAAAAACUAAGCCUCCAGAGAAGGAAACCAAGGCCCCAGAAAAGAAGGAAACUAAAAUCCCGGAGAAGGAAACCAAACCCUCAGAGAAGAAGGAAACCAAACCCUCAGAGGAGAAGGAAACCAAACCCUCAGAGGAGAAGGAAACCAAAGCCCCAGAAAAGAAGGAGGAGACCGAAGUCUCAGAGAGGAAGGAGACCAAAGUCUCAGAGAGGAAGGAGACCAAAGUCUCAGAGAGGAAGGAGACCAAAGUCUCAGAGAAGAAGGAGACCAAAGUCUCAGAGAAGAAGGAGACCAAAGUCCCAGAAAAGAAGAAAGCCAAACCCCCAGAGAAGAAGGAAGCCAAACCCCCAGAGAAGAAGGAAGCCAAACCUCCAGAGAAGAAGGAAGCCAAACCUCCAGAGAAGAAGGAAACCAAAGCCCCAGGGAAGGAGGAAACCAAAAUCCUAGAGAUGAAGAGAACCAAAAUCCCAGAGAAGUGGAAAUAUAAAGCCCCGAAGAUGUGCAAAAUCAUAAUCCCAGAGAAGGGGGAACCCAAAGCCCCAGAGAAGGAGGAACACAAAGCUCCAAAGAAGGGGAAAACCAAAGCCCCAAAGAAGGGGGGAACCAAAAUCCCAGAGGACCCAGCUGAGAUGGAGAACUUGAUCCUGAGAUUUCAGAUCUAUGAGUCAUCACAGCAGAACGUUGCACAGGUUUUCUCCUACUGGGACAGGGUUCAGGGUACUCUGCAGUUAUCUGUGAUCCAAAAGGGAAAAUCUUCAGCUGAAAACAGAGGUCAGAAGACAAGUAAGCCUCAGGAGAAGGUGGAGAAGAAGCCUGAACAAAAAAGUGGAGACCAAAGGAGUCUUCAGUCAUUUCAGCUGGAGAUGCAAAGUGAAGCUGCAGAAGGGGCAGUCAGAGAUGAGCAUGUUGGGGUGCCGUGCUUGGACAUCCAGGUCUCAGAUCCAAAGGCCAUGAUCGGGGAGAUCCUGAGGGAUGGGAAGCUGCCAACAGAAGAUGAGCUGCUGAAACAUCUGGGACUGCAUCCUGACGGCCCUGCCCUUCCCCCUGCUGCUGUGCUCUCCGUAGUCGAGUACCCGGAGGAGCGGCUGGGCUCUGCAGGGCGUGUGGAGCCCUUCACCAUUGUGGCACCUGAAGGUGCUGCUAUGGAAGAUGAUCUGGCCAAGGCCCCAGAUGCAAAGGGCAGUUCUGCCAAGGGCCAUCCAAAGGCAGGUAAAGCAACCAGCAGAGACAGCUCUGCAGAGAAGCAGAUCUCCACAUGGAGAACAGAAAGUCCCCGGGAUUCCUCUGCAACAAGAUCCAAAAGUACAGUGGGAAGUGCCUCAGUCCCCACAGAAUUCCUCAGGCUGAAACGGUACCGGUGGAUAGUGCCUGCCCAGGGUGAGGUGGAACUGAAGGUCCACUUCUUCGCCAAAAAGCCGGGGAGGUUUGAGCAGACACUGAGGUUUGAGCUCGUGCAGUCAAAGCGCCAGUACGAGCUGCCCUGCCGUGGCGCCGGCCUGUACCCCAGCAUCAGCCAGAACCCACGGCUGGUGUUUCCACAGUGGAGGGCGACCAUGGGGGAAGAAGAAAUCAUCUUCAAGGAAUAUGUUGAGAGCACAAAGCAAUUCCACUUUGGACCACUGCUGUGUGGGAAAUCAAGAGAGUGGUAUGUGCUCCCUGCUGGGCCUUGUACUUUUCUGGACAUGCCUGGAGAAACAUGCUGUCCUGGUGGCACAAUCCAGGGCAGUCCCUGGAUCAGUCCUGGGAGACACGUGGGUUUGGAGACACAUGGGUUUGAAGGACCACAGAUGUGUGAACUUGAGCAGAUGAGAGCCUUUUCCCCUUUUGUGGAUAGGUACAAGGCCCAGAACUGUCCCAGCAACUCGGAGAAUAUAACCAUCCUCAACAACUCCCCCAUGGUCGUAGAGGCCCAGUUCUCCUUUGAGAAUGAUCAGAAAGCAAAGACGUUCCUUCUGGACCCUCCCCACAUGACACUGAAACCAAAGGAGAAGCAGGAGCUGACCAUUUGGGCAUACCCCACUUCCCCUGGCUUCCUGGAAGACAAGCUCAUCUGCUGCAUUGAGAAGAACCCGAACCCAGUGGUCUUCAGCCUGUGCUGCUAUGGGGUGCAUGUGAAGCUGGAAGUCAGCCCCCGUGAGCUCUCUUUUGACAAGCUGCUUCUGCACAGGACUGACAGCAGGACCUUGGUCCUGAGAAACAGCGGCCUGCUGCCCAUGGCCUGGCUGCUCAAUGGGCUGGAUGACCUUGUUGAGGACUUCUCCUUGUCACAGAACAAUGGUAUCCUUGAUCCCCGCUCAGAGUUUGAAGUGACACUGCAUUUCAAGGCUGAGCAGAUUGGCAGCAUUGAGAAGACCCUCCGACUAGAGGUUUCAGAUGCAGAAAACAUCCUGGGGGUUGUUCAGACUGAAAACAUUGAAGUCUCUGCAGAGGUCUAUGAUGUUUCUCUGAGCAUUGACUUCAUACCUGAAGGUCCAGAAGGAAGCUUGGAAUUUGGAACCAUUAAUGUCCUGGAUAAUGUGAAGAAAGUACUAAGUCUAAAGAACAAAGGGGUAUACAACAUUGAGUACAGGUUCACACUGAAGGGUGCAGGUCCCAGGAUGCGAGAAGCAGCAUCCUACUUCACUGUUACACCUCAGUCGGGCGUGCUGAUUGCCUCCCAGCCUGCUGUGAAUGUUGAGAUACUCUUCCACCCCACAAGUGAAAUGCUCCUCAAGAACAGACCCAUCCUGUACUGCCAGGUGAUAGAUGCCAGCUCAGGUCAAGGAGGCCAGGCUGUCGCCAACAUCCCAGUGAAGGUGUCGGCCAAAGCCGUGUACAGCAAGUACAGCAUUGAGCCUGCCUCACCCAUCAACUUCGGAGCCAUGAUCAAGGGCACCAAGAAGAGCCAGAUUGUCAUGCUGGAGAACAAAGGCAUGCUCAACUUCAAAUUCUGCAUCCGCCAAGCACCCGAGGAUGCAUCUGCAUCAGAAAGCAAAAGUUCAAAGGAAGGGGAAUCAGCUACAAAGCUCUCAACAGCAAGGACAUCAAGCUUCUUGACACAGAGUCACCUCAGUCUUGGCAUGUUCACGGUGUCCCCCUGCUCCGGCUCCAUCGGUCCGUGGGGCCAGCAGAAGAUCACAGUGGAAUGCCUCGCAGGGCAGGAGGGGAGAUGUGAGGAGCAGCUCUACAUUGACAUCCCGGGCAGAGACCCCAAGGACAAUCCCCUCGGCAUUCCCUUCACCCUGAUUGCCGAGUCCUGCCUCCCAGGACUUGCUGAGGAUGUGAUGUUAAUCUUCGAGGCGUACCCGAUCUGCAGCAGCACCGACCUCGACCGCAAGCUGCAGUCGGUGAAAGGCACGGGCCUGUUUGUCAGAGAUGAGAACAGAUUCAUCUUCAACAAGGUUCUGGUUGGCCAAGAGGUUGAAGCUCAUUUCAGUAUCUACAGUUCAAGCAGCCUGCCAUGUGACGUGGUCCUCUCCAUCAAACCCCUGCCUGGAGAGGAACAAAUCCCUAUCAACAACAUUUUCAAGCUGUAUCCAGUCAAGAUGUCUGUUCCCGGCUCAUCCUGUGCCAUUGCUACGGUGACCUUCACCCCGCCAGACGAGCAGAACUACAACUGCACUUUCAAGGCUUCCCUUGUCAUCCCAAAAGGCUCUGUGAAAAUGAAACCCCAAACCCUGAGCUUCACCAUCAGUGGGAAGGGGCACGAGGCACAGCUGGCAGUCGUGUGCCCCAGCGCGCGCAGCAAGAGGGGAGCAGCCGUGCUGCGCUUCAGGAGGCUCCGGGUGGGGAGAUCCGAGGUGCUGCCCCUGGUCGUCCGUAACGAUGGCAUCAUACCUCUCAAGUUCAUGUUACGCCUGGAGCACGAGUAUGGAGCAUUUUUCUUGAAAGGCAGGGCCUCCACACUCGAGCUGUUCCACACUGAAGAUGAGGACUCCGUCGGAAAUGAGAGCAAGCCCACAAAGCCUUUCUUCCUUCUGCAUCGUGGGCAGUCGGCAGAGUUUGAUGUCAUUUUCAAACCCACCCUGGCUCAACGUCUGGAAGGGAAGAUUCGUCUGUUGGUGGGGGACAACUGCUCUAACAAGAUCCUAGUAGAACUGGUGGGUGAAGGCCACAAGGACAGAUUCACCUUUAUUGGACUAAAGGAAGAUGCAGAGGAGAGGGAUGCUAAGAGCAGUCUGGAGAAAGAAAUCAUUGAUGCUAUCAGAGUGAAUCACAUGGAUUUUGGGCACUGUCCUGUCGGGAAGCGCUGCCGCAGGACCUUCUCCAUCACCAACCGCACCCGUCACCAGUUCAUGCGCUUUGAGUGGGAGGCAGACGGCCCGUUCCAGAUCUCCCCCAAGGUGGGACACGUCCGUCCUCACCGUUCCAAGGAGAUCACAGUGACCUUGAAAUCAAAUGUCCCAGCCACCUUCAGGAGGCACCUUGUGAAAUGUACGGUGACCAAGAUCGACUUUGAUCUGCCACAAAGGAAGGUUCCGGACUGGGACGACCGAAAGUGCAUUGUCUCAUGGAAGACUACCUCCAGGAAAGACCCAGGAGACAAAUUCUAUAAAAUGGAGAAGGUGGUCGAGCCAGUCCCAGAACCGGAUCACAUUGUGGUGGAGGACAGCAGCCAGGAGGUCGAGGUGUACCUCAGUGCUGCUGUUGCCUACACCCAGCUGAAGAUGAACACAAUCGUGGUUCAGUUCAAGGACACCUUGCCCUUCCAGACAAGGACAGCCACUUUCAAAAUGCACAACACAGGGAAGGUAGCCCUGGAAUACUUCUGGGAGGAACCUGCAGAUAGUAAACCAGUGAAGAAGCCAUACUCAGUCACUCUGAUGCGUCGGUUCCUCUCCAAUAAAACUGUAAAGCAUCGCAGAAAGCUGCUGCGUCGUUACUGGCGGAGGCUGGCCCGCCCUCCUAAAGUGCGGCGGCGGCGGCGGCUGCUGCGGCGGCCUCUCAGGAAGGAGGACUUUACCCAGUGGUGGUGCCAGCUGGAUUCCAAGCAGCAGCAGCAGCAGCAGGAUUCCAAGCAGCAGCAGCAGCAACAGGAUUCCAAGCAGCAGCAGCCUUCUGAGCAGCCGCAGCUUUCUGAGAAGGAGCAGCUGGAUUCCAAGCAGAAGAAGGGUUCCAAGAAGCAGAGCCGCUCCAAGGAACGGCACCUCUCUGAGCAGCAGCCCGAGCAGCAGCAGCCCGAGCAGCAGCAGCCCGAGCAGCAGGAGCCUGAGCAGCAGCAGCCCGAGCAGCAGCAGCCCGAGCAGCCGGUCCCUUCCAAGAAGCCGCGCCGCCCAAAGAAAAAGCUCCUCUCUCAGCAGCAUUUGAGUGCCUCCCUGGAAAUCUUCCCAGAUUUCACCGAUGAGCUGGCACUGUUCUCCAUCGACCCCUACCGUGGCGUCCUUGCUCCUGGCCAGAAGCAGACCUUCCAUGUGAAGUUCUCCCCAAAGACUGUGGGGAAGUUUAAGACCAUCAUGCGGUGCAGGAUUCCUAACCGGAAGCCAACUCAGAGGAGGGUGCGGUUGAUUUUGAAAGGCAGAGCCCGGCAGAGGAAGAGUUUUGGUAAACCCAAACGCUCUGUGUUACGGCAGACAGAGGAUGGCCCGAGGCCCAAGAAGCAGGUGCACUGGAAACUCCCACCUGAGUGACAGCAUCUGUGUCAGCUGGAGCAUCCAGCAGGAGCCAGCAACACCGGGUCUUCUGCUGCUGAUGGUCUCCCACCCUUCACCGGAGACCUCUGCAGUAACCUUCCAAGCUCCA